CAAGUACUAUGAUUUCAAGUCGGUCAACUAUGAUCAGUUCCACUCGCGGAGCCCGAUCGGCGCCACCAAGCUGCGGAACCUGCUCUACUGCACCAAGCCCGUGCAUGAUCUCAUUCGCGCGUGGGAUGCCCAGCGUCUGCGUCUGAUGUUCGCCGGUGUCAAGCUUCUCUCCCGCCAUGACGCCAACACGCAGAACCCCUCGCCGGAUAACUGCAUUUACCGCCUGACUCAGGACGCUGUGCGGUUGUUGGCCCCCGCCCACCUGGGCCGCACGCCACUGCCGCUUACCUUUGACGAUACCAUCAUGCUGCUGACCAACGAGUCGGUCCUGCUGGCGGACCUUUCGGCUCAGGUGCAGCGGAGCCUGGUGGAUCACCCCCACGGUGGCUGUGUCUUCAUGUUCACCCCCUCGCCCACCAGCUGUGGGACCGUCUGCCCGAUGUACUUCUCCGGCUGGCGCGGCAAGUCCUCGGCCAUUAUCCUUGCCAACAAGAAGGAGAAGGAGAGCCUUGUCUGGCGCGUGGACCCGGAGAAUGCCCUGGCUCAUGUGCAGAAUGCCCGUGACAACCAUGAGGAGCUCCGUCGGACGAUUGCCGCCAAGCGCAAGGCCGCUGCCAAUGCCGCUGCCGAGGCCCCGGCCCCGGCUACCGAGGAGGACGGCAUGCCCGCUGAGCAGGACUAA